UGCGUGGUAAAGGGCGAGUCUUGAUCCCCCUCACUGCCCAAGAAGAAACUGUGUGUCCCAGCGCUUCCGUGGAAGGUUUCCUCAACAGCACCCUCACCACCCGCCUCCUGCCUGCCCUCUACUCUGUGAUCCUGCUCGUGGGGCUGCCAGCCAACGCUCUGGCCUGCUGGGUCCUCGUGACCAACUUCAGGAGAUGUUCCAGCACCCUCUUCCUGCUCAACCUGGCAAGUGCCGACCUGCUCUUUGCCCUCCUGCUGCCCUUCAAGAUCUCCUACCACCUCCUGGGCAAUCACUGGCUCUUUGGGGACUACCUGUGCCGCACUAUGAUGGCCUUCUUCUAUGGGAACAUGUACAGCUCCAUCCUCUUCCUCACCUGCAUUGGCCUGGAGCGCUACAUCUCUGUUAUGCACCCAUUCCUGUGGAAGGGCUCCAGCCAGACGUGGGUCAAGGCAGGUGUCUGUGUGGGCAUCUGGCUGGUGGUGGGGCUGGGCAUGAGCCCUCUGCUUUUGUGCCCCCAGACAAGUCAUAUCUCAAGCCUGAACAUCACAACGUGCCACGAUGUCCUAGGAAAGGAUAAGCACACAUUCCUCAUCUACUAUUUCCUCUGCCUGGUGGGGCUAGGCUUUGUCUUGCCCUUCGUGCUCAUGAUCAUCUCCUACAGCUGCAUCCUAGUGCGGCUGCUGGCCAAGGGGAGACGCUAUGGGCAAGUGGUGCAUGUCCUGGCUGUGGUCCUCCUGGUCUUUAUCCUCUGCUUCACCCCCAGCAACGUACUGCUCUUCAUCCACUAUACGCUGGAGGCCAAGGGGUGCCACAACGUCACCUAUAUCUGGUACACUGUGGCCCUGGUGCUCAGCGCCUUCAACAACUGCCUAGAUCCCUUCGUCUACUUCUAUGUCUCCCGGGAUUUCCGGAGCUGGGUGCGGGAUGCAGGCAGCUGCUGCCUGAGGGGGCUUGACACCUCCUCGGGGAGGGCCUCGGAGAAGGCAGCCUUGCCCCUGCGGUCCAAUGAGCAGAGCCAGCUGUAG